UACAUGUUUACACCUCUUACAAGGCACAAUUUUCCAGAGGGGUGUCGUAUAACGAGGUUCGACUGUGUUGCAAUUUUUCUCUUUAUUUUGAGGUCUUUUGAAUGUCGAAUGAUUUUUCUCCUUUAUUUUCCAAUUUUGUUCCUUCCACACUACCUUCAUUAUUCUCUCCACUCCAUCUUUCUUUUAAAGUCCAAAAAGAGCUGUACAAGCGUUUCAUUAAAUUUUGAUUUUCUUCUUGAGGUGGCGGUGCUGCAGAACGGGUAG